CUAAAGAACGAAGAAGAUAGUACCGACAGUGGCAAAGGAUGGGGAAUAGAGGCGUGCAAUAAGCAGUACGACAGGACGUAGAACGGCUGUUGCCGUGGUGUUUGGGCUCGGCUCGAUUGUGUUGCAUCCGUUAUGACGAUACGAUAAUCCAGCGCUCGGCGCUGUGACCGUGUAAUACGUUGUUCGUGAUUGCGUGUUACUAAUGUUUAUAUUUUAUUCAAAAUUUAAGACAAAUGUGACGGAGGUGUAUUGUUUUGAAAUCUGAUUGGUACACUGAUCUUUUCAGUUGAUCGUUUAUAGUUCUUUUAAUACGCCAUGUGCCAUUGCUUCGUGUACGUUGCCUUUUUCCUCAUUGGAUACGCAGGUUAAAUUUCUAUCAAAGUAUCUUUUUAAAUUAGGUUGUUGGGGGAUUAUUACUCGUGUCAAGAUAUCAUUAGUGAUUCAAUGUUCGGUGUGGUGUAAAAGUGGAAAAAAAAAGGUACACGUUUUUCUUCCUUCAGUCUUGCAUAUUAUUCAGCUUGAUCGUAAGUCAAAAGGAGAGUAAUAACCGGACGAAUUGGAAAGAAGAUAGACAACGGAUUUGGUGAGCUUGAGUAAAGAAGAUAACGCGACGAACACAAGUGGCGUAUCAAGAUGGCGCAUAAUUUGGCACCGAGCGUCAACUGUUCACUGGACGACAUUGAUCUGAAUGCUUUAAAGGAACCAGCAGGUAUCUUCGAAUUGAUUGAAGUAGUUGGAAAUGGAACCUAUGGACAAGUUUACAAAGGUCGUCACACCAAAACUGGUCAGUUGGCAGCCAUCAAAGUUAUGGACGUCACAGAAGAUGAAGAAGAAGAAAUCAAGUUAGAAAUAAACGUGUUAAAAAGGUAUUCGAAUCACAGAAAUAUAGCAACGUAUUACGGUGCCUUCGUAAAGAAGUCAUCACCAGGAAAAGAUGAUCAGUUAUGGUUGGUUAUGGAGUACUGCGGAGCUGGCUCCGUUACGGAUCUUGUCAAAUCGACGAAGGGCCAGAGUUUAAAGGAGGAAUGGAUUGCUUAUAUAUCACGAGAAAUAUUAAGAGGACUUAGUUAUCUUCACAGCAAUAAAGUUAUACACAGGGAUAUUAAAGGACAAAAUGUUCUGUUAACCGACAAUGCGGAAGUUAAGCUUGUUGAUUUUGGCGUUAGCGCGCAAUUAGAUCGGACAAUAGGUAGAAGAAAUACAUUUAUUGGAACGCCAUAUUGGAUGGCUCCGGAAGUAAUAGCCUGUGAUGAAAAUCCGGAUGCUACGUAUGAUAACCGAAGUGACCUAUGGUCACUCGGUAUUACUGCUUUAGAAAUGGCUGAAUCGCAACCUCCGCUUUGCGAUCUUCAUCCGAUGCGAGCUUUAUUUCUGAUACCACGUAAUCCACCACCAAGACUCAAAUCGAAAAAGUGGGCGAAGAAAUUCCAUGGUUUUAUUGAAACGGUUUUAGUCAAAGAUUAUCAUCAGCGGCCUUAUACAGAGCAGCUCCUUAAACAUCCUUUUAUUCGGGACCAACCAACUGAAAGACAAGUUAGGAUACAACUUAAAGAUCAUAUCGAUCGCUGUAAAAAGCGUAAACAAGAGAAAGAAAGAGAUGAUUAUCGCUAUAGUGGUAGUGAAAAUGAAGAAGACGAACCAGCACUGGCUGGUGAACCGUCAUCAAUUGUUCAGGCACCAGGUGGUGAUACAUUACGUAGGAAUUUCCAACAAAUUCAAGAAGGUAGAACUUUAACUCAAGAAGUAGCCCCUCAACCACCUGCUGCUAAAGAAAAGCCAAGUGGCAGAUCUCAGAGGGAUAUACCAGAACCAGGACCACCUGCACGACCUGCCAUUCCUCAUAGAUUGAUCGUAGUUCCAGAUCCACAACCACCAUCUCGGCCACUACCUCCGACACCUAGAGAUGAUCCCCGACAACCGCACAAAGUUUCUACCCCACCUUCCAACCAUCAACCACUAAUUUCCGGCGGUGGUAGCGGCGGUUCUGGUGGUCAAGCCGCAUCUCAAAGAAAUAGUCAUGUCUUCAAACCUAUGCUGCCACCAAGGAAGCCAGAGGACUUGGACAUGCUAGCUGCUCAACUCAACGAGCUUGGUGUGUCACAGGGCCCAGAGGCCCCGCCACGGCCGAACAGGCAACAUAAGGGCCCUGCUGCUUCGUCAACAUCAAAUUUGGUUCAGCCCGCAAGCAGCAAUGAUCAAAACAGCAAACAAAUGCCACAGUCUUCCAGUAUUCUUGAUCAAGCGUUAUCUGUUGAGAGUGAUAGCGAUGACGAUCUUGAAGAUGUAGGCGGAAAUAAUGCGAGGAACGACGGUACUCUACUCGCUAGUGAUCCACCUAAGCCUUUACCCGAAUUUUCUCCUUUCAGACCGUCUACAGAUCCAUCGUCAACAUCAUCGCACAAUGCUCAGAAUUCUCAUCUUGAAGGUAAGCCGAAAGGUGGAGCACCAAAUCGACCACUUCCGCCUACGCCAGAUGAGGAGGAGUCAGGAGACCGUACAUUAGUAAUGAAACGAAAACUUAGUCAGAUGUCAGACGAUCGAGCCACGACGGCUAGCAACAACCGGUGUUCCGAGGCAGACGAGCAGCUCCUCCUGAAGGAGUGGGAUUUCACCCGCUUCUUUCAGGGUUUUAACGAUAGAUUGGAUAAAAUGAAACAAGACCAUUCGCAAGAGCCAACGGAUACGAACCAUCAGUCGAAUAACGAGGAUCACUCGUCGUCGUCCUCGGAGAAAACGUUAAAAGCGCAGGAACAGUUGUCGCGUAGAAAGUACGAUAAUCAUCCUCAGCAACAGCAGCAUCACCAAAAGCAACAACAACAGUUGAAGGCGGUACACAGAAGACAGGAGAGCGAUUCGAAGCUCGGCAACACGUCCAGCGCGUUCGCGCGUGCCUUUCGUCGCGAGAAUUCAGACUUUUUCCCGUCGACGAGGCACUCUGCGUACUUGCAGAAGUCCGAUUUUUCGCGAUCGAGCAUAUUCUCGAGCGGUAAUCGGCGUGGGAGUGAGAUAAGCGUUGCCGGUAUCGUGGGUAAAAAGGGUACCUCUGUAAGUACCGGUGAACCGGUGCUAACAGACUUUUCGUUCGGUCGUGAUGGCCUACAAAGGCCCCGAAGGGAAAAGACCGAAAGCGAGAUCGUUUUCGGUAGUAAACACGAGGGCAGAAGGUUCGACUUUGGACGUGAGAAAGAUGGCACUAUGAGAAGACGCAGUUGUAGACCAUCAGACGCGGUUUCGGCCGCGAUCGACGAAGCAGGAACUAUUAAAUCUACGGCCAGUACAACGGCUAGCGAAUACAGCCCCAUUGUAAUCCAGAAUCGAGAAAGUAGCGAUCGUCCGAGGGGCGCAGGCGGUGGAGCUGAUUUCCAGAGAUCAGAUUCAUCCCCUGGUUCUCGACCUAGCUCCGUGUUGCCGGAUCUCCUCACUUCAUCACCGGGUCAACGACAGGACAAAAGUACCAGCGAAGAGUAUCGCCAAGCAGUUAAAUCACCACCUCCAUUUGCGCUUCAACAGAAGCAGAGAUCUUUCCUGACUUUUGGAUUCGGUGCUGGACCAGCCAGGAGGGAAUCUCAUGUUAAUGUUAAUGUAACUCCAACCAGUCAUGAUCUUGCAUCUGACACACCUGAAAUACGCAAAUACAAGAAACGUUUCAACAGUGAAAUUCUUUGUGCUGCGUUAUGGGGGGUAAAUUUAUUAAUCGGUACGGAGAAUGGUCUUAUGUUAUUGGAUAGAAGUGGACAAGGCAAAGUUUAUCAAUUAAUAAGUAGAAGACGAUUUCAACAAAUGGAAGUUCUUGAAGGUCAAAAUAUUUUGGUUACAAUUAGUGGGAAAAAGAAUCGAGUACGGGUGUAUUAUCUUUCCUGGUUGAAAAGUAAGAUUUUAAGAACUGAUGGACAUAGUGAUCAAGUGGAACGACGUAAUGGUUGGAUUAACGUUGGCGACCUUCAAGGUGCGGUACAUUUCAAAAUAGUCAAAUACGAAAGAAUAAAGUUUCUGGUCAUCGCGCUAAAGGAUUCCAUAGAAAUCUAUGCAUGGGCGCCAAAACCAUACCACAAAUUUAUGGCUUUUAAAUCCUUCGGCGAACUAGCACAUAGACCACUUCUUGUCGACCUUACUAUAGAAGAAGGUACAAGAUUGAAGGUUAUUUAUGGUAGUGCCGAUGGUUUUCACGCCGUUGAUUUGGAUUCUGCCACCGUUUACGAUAUUUAUCUACCAAAACAUACUCAGGGUCCUAUUUGUCCACAUUGCAUUGUCGCAUUACCUAAUAGUAAUGGUAUGCAGCUAUUGUUGUGUUAUGACAAUGAAGGUGUAUACGUAAACACUUAUGGUAGAGUUUCCAAAACUAUGGUCCUUCAAUGGGGCGAGAUGCCUACGAGUGUUGCCUAUAUUGGCACAGGGCAAAUUAUGGGAUGGGGUAAUAAAGCUAUUGAGAUUAGAAGCGUAGAGAGUGGGCACCUCGACGGUGUAUUCAUGCACAAGAAAGCUCAACGGCUCAAGUUCCUCUGCGAACGUAACGAUAAGGUAUUUUUCUCAUCGGCAAAAGGUGGAAGUUCGUGCCAGAUUUACUUCAUGACAUUAAAUAAACCUGGCAUGGCUAACUGGUGAUCCCGAAUAAGGCCAAAUCUGGCCCAAAUGUUAUCUUCACCAAGAGCAAACAAUCUUUCGUAUAUACCAAGAUAUACAUGGUCGCCAUUCAUGUUAACUCGUUUUUCACUGCCAGGAUUUAACAACGCCAUGGAAAACAGGAAAUGUUUGCAUCGCAGUCGACACCAUUAUCAUGAAUAUCACUUUCAGUCUUAUUAUAAUCGUCAUCGUCAUCAUUAUCAUUGUUGUUGUCACUGUCGCCGUCACCAUCAUCAUCAUCGCCGCCGUCAUCGUCAUCAUUAUCGCCAUUAUCACCAUCAUCAUCAUCACCAUCAUAACCAUCAUUAUUUUUCUCAGCAAAAUCAUUAUAAUAAUCAAUAUCGACACUUUUGCUCGAGUAAUUGCUCGUUAGUAAUCGAUAAGAACGAGAUAUACGACGAAAGGUUCCGACAGUAUCUUAGAGUUUUUUUGAAAAUCAUGCAAGGGAUAUUAAUAUUUGUAAAUCUUCGCAUAAAACAAUUUCUGUGCUCUCUUGACGCUUCGUCUUGCGCGAUACGGUUUAGCGUAUGAAAGAAAAGAAACAAAAUGGUUCCUUCCUCAGGUAAUACCUUUCUUCAUAGAGGAGAAUAAGUAAAAAUAAAUGAUAUAUGCACACAAUUUUAUCAUACUUUUAUAAACAGUUAUUUUGCCGUUGUCCAUAUAUCUUCAAUGCAUUUUGUUCUGUACCUUGGAAGGCCCUAUUGUUUGAGAAAGAACAAAAAAAAGAUAUUACACGAUGAUUUGAAAAGUAGCGGUGCAUGACUCAAAGCAAGUUAAUACUUUUGAUUCGGAAUAAGUUAACGAUCGAAUAGACGUAAUAAGAUAUUAACGAUCCAUAAUAGAAGCAUACUGACGUAUUAUUAUCGUAGAUGCAGAAAGAUCGCGCAAUAUUUGAUGCUUUCGUCUGUAUAAAAAGAGACCUUCCGGAACAAGUUUUUAACAAGUGGGCGAACUUUUUUAUGACAACAAAACAGCGCGAACUGUUUUGAUAAUUGUAAGUGCAAAUACGCGAGCAAAACAAGUGUGAAUGAACUUUUUGCUGUUUACACGGAGAAAAUGAGAAAGACCGCGCGCGCCAAAUGGAAGCAAGAUCAAUGAACGACGAUUCGUGAUGAAGGGAAAAAGUAUGUACAAUAUACGUAUUCGAAAUAAUUCUCAAUUAAGUAAGCGGAUUCCUUUUAUCAUCGAUACACUUGGCAUAAUUCCAACUUGUUCGUAAAAGAUCGCUUUUAUAAUAUCCAAUCGAUCAUAAUCACGUAUAUUAUUAUUGUAUCGAAAGUUCAUGUUAGAAAAUGUCUUUUGAAACGAAAAAAGGACAAGAACGAACGCUGUUCUUUGAUAACGAGAUAAUGGAAAAAUACUGAUGGACUUAAAAAGUGGAGGAGAGUAUUGUAAUAAUGAAAAUUAGGAAUAAGGAUAAACUACUUAUGUUAUUAACUGUAUAGUUUUUAGUAAGCGAAGGAUUUUUAUGUCAUUUCUACGAUUUAAAAUUACGACGAUGACGAUGAUAAUACGAUGACGUGAUGCAUGGCGUCGGAUAAAUUGCAUUUUUACAAUUAGUAGAUUUAUAUUAAGAGUUUUUCAAAUGUAAAGUGAUAACACAAAGAAAAACAAUUUUCUUUUUUUUAAGGUAUUUACUAAUAUGCUUCUUAUGUUCUACUUGCACCCUCCUCUUUGCGAAACACAUUCGCAAGUAUAAUAUUACCAUUUUAAACGUGUAUCCACUUUCGUUGCUUCUUUCAAUUAUUUACAUAUACUUGACAAAAUUGUUUAUACAAAAGCCAUUCAGUUCGAAUGAAAAAUGUCUUCUUUUUUUUAACGCAAUUAUAUUUUCUACGUUACGCACAAGUAACUCAUUUUGUAUAACAAAUUUUGUUGUAUCGAGUAAGUAAUUGAAGAAGUAACGAGGUGUAUACAAUUCGAACUAGAACAUACUGUAUGUUGUACGGUUUAUUCCUGACGAUUGAUGUACCAUGAUCGUAAAAAAUAUUCACAUAAAAGUGACAUACAUAACUUUAUAAUUUCGUACACGAAAAGAACUAAUUUUGAAAGUUAACCGAUUAAGUUACAUUCAUAUUGUUCUCGAAUAAAUCGGAAUUACGCAACAUCUAUAAUUAAGAUAGAGAAUACAAUAAAUUCUGAUAUACGCAAAGUUAUACAAUGUUUGAAAUUAUUAAUAACAAAGUGCAGUACCGAGCAUAGUUGAAUUCUUAGGGAAAAUGUAGAGGAAGGAUCACCAUUUGCUACAAAGCGUGGUUGUAACAGGUUCUGAUAUUUUUAUGGUGAAGUUCCCAGAUUGAAAUAUGGUGUGUUUCGCAAACCUGCCGCUAAAAUAGCGGCGCUGCAAUCGAAUUAUAAGCGGCCAAAUUUUAUAAUUGUAUACUUUAUUUUUACAUUGAAUUGCAGCAUUUGUAUAUUCUGUCAUGAAGUUGUGCUCGGUACUGUUCACAUUAACGUAUGCAGCAUAUAGAUGAUGCCUGACUUUAUUAUUCGACAAUGUUUCGCAUGGAACUUUCCACUAGAAGUACUUUUAGUUUGAAUGGUUCAGUGUGUAAUUGUAAAGCGAUUUUUUAAAACUGAUAUUUUGUAUGAUGACAAAAUCGAAAAGAAACUGAAGUGAAAGGCGCUGCAUUUGAUACGUUCGCUAUCGGCGUUUAUUAAAAAAUUUACUAUAUUUUUUAUGUUAAAUCACGCGAAAUAACGUCAAAAUAUCUACAUUGUUAAUAUGUUACGUUGUUUCUUUCACAAUUUGAAAAGGUCUUAUUAGGGAUGUGCAAAAGUUUCCAUUAGACAUAUGUAAUUAGUUAUAAUGUAUUUUAAUGAAACUUAUGUGUUUUGUUUUGUUAUGUUAGUCAACUUGCAUAAACAUAGGAUGAACUGUAUUUUUAAUUGAAGUCAUUGUAUAUUUAAUUUUUUUAAUCAGUGUACAAUAAAUACUGAAGCGACACAAACAUUUGCGAAAUUAUUUCUGAAAAUAUAGAUUUUACUGCAAUACUUUUUUGCCUUUAAAGUUGCAAUAAUUUUAUUCACUGUAAAAUAUUAAUAAAUUGUCUUAACGAAAACUUUUGUACAACUAAUUAAAGAUUCGUGACACUGGUAGCGAACUUGA